UAACCCGAGCACUGCCUUCCUGAUAUCACUCUGAUUGGCCGCUCGCUCUUGUUGAAUCAACUCAACCGCAAAGCUGAUCGCUUCUUCCCCUUCUUCCACUAAAUGGCGGAAACUGCUGUUGCAACCACCGAAGCCCCAACCCUAUCUGAGCAAUAUUUAUUGAAGGGAAAAGAAGAGAAGACCAAUGUGGUUUCAAAACCUGUUGAAGUAAAAGAAGACGAGAAGCCAGCAACUGUUGUUUCUGAGGAAAUUGUGGAGAAAGCUGAGGAACCACCAGCACCUGCUGCUGAAGAAAAAACUGCAGAUACUCCUCCUGCUGUCGAAGAAAGCACUGAAACUCCCGCUACUGCUGAAAGCAACAGUGAAGAUACCCCUGCUGCUGCUGAAGAAUCCAAUGAAGCUACAGAAGAGAACUCAGGAAAAGAAGCUGCAGAAGAGAGGCGGGAGAUUAAGAUUGAGACAGCACCAGCUGAUUACCGAUUCCCAACUACAAAUCAAACAAGGCACUGCUUUACCAGAUACAUUGAAUAUCAUCGGUGCGUAGCUGCCAAGGGUGAAGAUGCUUCAGAGUGUGAUAAGUUUGCCAAAUAUUAUCGUUCACUCUGCCCUAGUGAAUGGGUGGAGAGAUGGAAUGAGCAAAGGUCAAAUGGCACGUUUCCAGGCCCCCUGUAGGUGUUUCCUGUUUGAAGACCCCCAUGCAGUUUGUUUUCUGCUGCUAAAUCAAAGUUUCAACCAACAGAUGAGUACCUUUAAUGAAAAGUGUUUUCUCAGGGAAUGCCCUGUUUGAAUCAAUGAGUUAAUAAGAAAUUUUGGCUUGUCUUUUAGAACUAGCUCAAGUCUGAACACAGAAUGUGUUGCUUGUCUUAAGAUGAAGCUUAUUUUUUUUUCCCAUUUUUUCCUGCUUUAACUGUUGUGUAACAGUUACUCAUUACUGUUUAGAACCCAAAAGAAUCUUGAAUUAGAUAAUAAGAACAUAUACUUGCCUUGAUUACUCUCAA